AUGCGGGCUACUGUGGAUUCUUGGUGCUUGAUGACUCUACUCGUCUUUAAUUUAUUCCUCAUUGGAGAAACCGGGGUGUUUCGAGGGGCGUUGAUCAAACGGCAAGCAUCGGAACCCCCUGUGGCCGAUGUUUUCAGUCCUCAUCGGGUUGAGGAAAAGAUUACGAAGGACACCAAUCGAUGCAACUCCGAGUCGCUGGAGAAACUCAUGAUGGAAGUAGGUCGCUGCUUUGUUCUUACCGUUUCUUUCUAACCCCGUUUCCCAACCAAUCCCAAAACAUUCGAAAACUUUAUAGAACAUUGGGGAUGAUGUCAAGCAAUCCAAACUUCGGAUCAUGGAGGCAGCUGAAGCAACACUUGGCGGUGCAUUCAAUGUGGUGUGUGCUCAUGGGGAUUUCAGCUACAUUACCAGUACCAAACUCUAUUGUUUGACUGGGAAUGACGCCGUCAAAUGCUACGCUUUCCUGUCGUAUGCAUCAGAUUCAGAAUAG